UUACUCGCAGCCGCGCUCUCGGCUGCCCGUCCGCAUCACAGCAGUCACAGCUUUGCCUGCCACCUCAGUCCUCAUCCUCUGUUGCCUGUGCUCCAUCCCUGCACAGCUGCGCUCCAUUCCGCGCGAGCCGAGAGCGGAACGGGUUGAGCAGCUUCUCCGAGACUCUAGACACGCCACGCCACCGCACCGUCCGCGGCGAGAGUCAAUCAUUCAUUCCUUCCGUGCGGCGAGAAUGUCCAUCUCGAUGCGCCUCGCGAUCCCGGCUCCCGCCGCCGCGCCGCCGCGGCUGAGGGUGCGAGCGGCGGCGGCGGCGGCGGCAGGGGACGGGGGCUGUCUCCCCGUCGCGCGCGCCGCCGUGCGGACGGAGACGGCCGCGCUCAGGGGAUGUGCGUCGCUGCCACUGAAGCCGCUGGGCGCCGGCCAGCCGUGCCGGCACAGGGGGGCCGCCGCCGUGUGUCACUCGUCGGCGUACCUCAGCGCGCAGACCAUGCAGUGGAUCUCCGCCGGAGCCAGCGCAGUGCUAUUACUUGCUAAAGGCACUGCCAUCCACAAAUCUUUCCUUGUGCCAUUUUUUGCUCUUCAAGCACCUUGCAGCAUAAUCUCAUGGAUCAAGGGUGACUAUGGCCAGUGGACUGCUUUUCUUGCUCUGUUGGUGCGUCUAUUCUUCUUCAUUCCAGGUGAACUGGAGCUUCCACUGUCAACAAUGCUGCUUGUGAGCGUUGCUCCAUACCAAUUGAUGAAUCUGAGGGGAACUCAAGGUGGUGCAGUAUUGUCAUUGGCCAUAGCUGUGUAUCUCGCCUUCCAGCACUUCACUAGGGUGGGAGGUCUAGGCAAAGCCUUUGAGCAGGGAUCGAUUAUUGCGACCUUGGCCAUCAUCUGCAUCACGAUUGUUCCCUUGAUGCUGCUAUUCUGAUUUGGAUUAAGCUGGCAAGAGUUUGCUUCUCAUCAUGUGCGUAGGACAUAAAUUAACCUUGUAAUGCAACAUCCUAUAAAUCUUCCUACUUUUCUUUCCCAAAACGUAUGCAGUGAUCUAGUCUGAUGCCCUGAUCUUUGGUUUGGUAAUGUUCGUUCUAAAGAUUUUGGUACUUUAGUGGCAGUGAGUUCUCUUCGUUGAUUAUUGAAUUCUCUCCUUUGCC